AUGAAUGCUGAAGACAAGGAGGAAUGGAAUGACUACUCAAAUUCGUUGAUGUUGUACGAACAAAUUGAAAAAUUACAUAAUGAAUAUAAUAGAGAAAUAAAAAUAUUAAAAGAUUGCAAUAAUAAAGAAUUAAGUAAUUGUGAUGUAUUAUUUUAUGGUGAAAAUAAAAAUGCACAAGUGAUAAAAAGCCGAGAUAUUAUAAAACCUAGCAUGUAUAAUUAUGACGUAAUAAAUUAUUACAAAGACGAAGUGACAUUAAAAAAAAAAAUAAUGGAAUUAUCUGAAGAUAUUAUGACUGCAAUAUAUCAUAUUUAUGAUAGUUUACGUCUUUGCAAAGAAAAUGUUUUUUUAUCUUUUAAUGGAGGAAAAGAUGCUGUUGUUGUUUUACAUUUGUUUAGAUGUGCUUAUGCAAGAUAUCUGUACGAUGUAAAAGGGGAAAGGAAAAAACCUAAACUAAUUUAUUUCAAGGACGAUAUAAGCGAAUUUCCUGAAGUAUAUCAUUUCCUGAAUGAAUGUGUAUACAUGUAUGAUUUUAAUAUAAGUGUAAUUAAAGGUACUUGGAGAAGUAGUAUAACUAAUUUUGUUGAAAAUUAUCAAAAACAGUAUCAAAUUGUAAUGACAGAUCAAAUGAAAGUUAGUCCAAACGAUUCUUGUCCAUUUUUCCCUAUAAUUACAUUUAUUAAUGGUACAAGAUACAAUGAUACAUAUAGUGAAAAAUUACAAAUUUUAAAUAUCAGUUCACGAGAAUUUCCACCAUAUUUAUAUUUAAAUCCUAUUUUUUAUUGGACAUAUGGAGCUAUUUGGACAUUUAUAUUAUAUUUUAAAUUUGAUUAUUGUAUAUUAUAUGAUCAUGGUUAUUCGUCAAUUGGUUCAUUGAAUGACACAAUAAAAAAUGAGUUUUUAAAAUGUAAUGAUUGUUAUUUGCCUGCAUAUUUCUUGAAAAAUUGGGGCUAUGAAAGGCAUAAUCGAGUAUUGAAUGAAGAAAAGAAAGUGAGAGAUUCUUAA